AUGAAGGGAGGAGGAGAACAGAGGAAAGACAGGAUUCAGGAUCUGGUUGAUAUCGGUUAUGGCUACGACGACGACGACUCUUUCAUAGACAACUCUGAGGCAUAUGAUGAGUUUGUGCCCUGCUCUCUCACCACCAAGCUGGGAGGGUUCUACGUCAACUCUGGAACGCUGCAGUUCCGCCAGGCGUCCGACACAGAGACACAAGCCAGAGGCCAGAGGAGCGGCACCACAUCCCCAAGUGUUCCUCCUGUGGGAGAGGAGGAGAAAGGGAAGAGGAGGAGGAAGCCGACCGGCCCCCUGUGCGUCACCGACAUGCUCCGAAAGUUCCAGAGGGAGAGGCUGAAGAGAGAGGAGGAGGAGGAGAGGAAGGAGAGAUCAGGGUCAUCCCUGGGGGAGGGGUCAUCUGUUGGACACCUACCCACAAUGCACCUGGGCCGUGCAGACGCUGCCGGUGGCGGAGGCCUUGGAUUGGCUGAUCCUCUACUCAACCUGAUUGGCUCAACCAAUGACAGCACUCUGAUGCAGGCAGCCAAUACAGUGGACUUCCUGGUGGAUCUGGACAGCUUAUUGGAUGCCACGGCAGAGAACACACCAGAACAGGAAAUGAGCCCUGAGCUCUGUGUGGAUCUGACCUGGGGUGUCCAGAACCACAACCAGGUUGUGUCUGCUCUGAACCACACACCAGCCCAGACCCUGCCCCAGACCCUGCCCCAGACCCUGCCCCAGACCCUGCCCCUAGUCUAUGAUCUCACUGUCUUUGAUCCAGAGUUUGAUUCUUCUCCUCCUCAUGCUGCUGCUUUUAAAACAACCCCAAACCAGAACCAACCUCUAGCCCAUGCCUCAAACCGGCCCCUGCCUCAUCCCCAGCCUCACUCCCAGCCUCAUCCCCAGCCACAGGCCCUGCCCCCCCUACCCGAGGGCCUCCCUCCAGCUCUGGAGAGAAAAAUUACUGACCUCACCCUGGUAGCCAGGGUGUCAGCAGGAGAGUCCAAACUGAAGUUUUUCACUCCGGAAGUCAACGCCCUGCUCCUGGACGUGGAGCUGCAGGUGAGGGAGCUGGGUGUGCAGGUGCGCUCCAGGGUGUACACACACCUGGCCUCGCUCCUGCCCUGCAGCAGAGACACUCUGUUCAAACGAGCCAACAAGCUGCUCAAGGCUCAGGUGGAACCCAUCCAACGUCUGAGCGAAGCCAUUGGAAGAGCCAUGCCAGAACAGAUCUCUCGUUACCACGACGACUGCCUGGCCCAGGCCCACGCCAGGGUCCUCAAGGAGUGUAUGUGCAGCGUGGUGAGGGCGAGGAUGGACAGGUAUGAGAGGGAGAGAGGGAGCGACCAGGAGGACCAGGAGGACCACCUGAGGACCUUCCUGCAGGAGAAGGUCAAACCUCUCUGGCCCCGAGGCUGGAUGCAGCCCAGAGUUCUGAUGAAGGAGAGCAGGAGAGUCCUCUGUGAGAGAACCUCAACUGUGAAGAGGAAGAUGAAGACUGAGAAAAGACAGUCAUCCAUCCUGGGACCCCAGCCCUCCUGGGUCCCUCCCCACAAACGGAGCACCUCCCCUGGGCACGGCCUCCACCCCGGACCCCCUGACCCCCCACCACCCCCAAAGCUUCCACCCCUGCCAGCCCUCUCCGGGCGGGGCUGUGGUCAGGGGGGAUGAGAAGGGGGGAGGCGGGGGAGGGUGCUCCUCCAGUGUGGGUGUGUCUCCCACCCCCUCCCCCCUCAGGCUGGGGGGGCAGCAGGGCCCCUCCCCCCUCAGGCUGGGGGGGCAGCAGGGCCCCUCCCCCCUCAGGCUGGGGGGGCAGCAGGGCCCCUCCCCCCUCAGGCUGGGGGGGCAGCAGGGCCUGGCCAGGGACAGGAUCUUCAACGACUGUGUUUCCCAGGCGCUACUAGCUGCCUGCGCGGCCGCUGACCUCUCACCGCAGCAGUGGGGGUGUGGCCUGCUGAGCCCACCACCUCCUCCCCCCCCACCGCAUCCCAGCCCGCCCUCCCCCUUCUCCUCCACAGCCUCACACACAAUUCAGGGCAGCUGAUGGGGGAAGGUGUUGACUCCCAGAGGAAGCUCCACUGAUCCAGACAGAACCUUCUGGAACUCACCAGGGAACACUCCGGAACGCUCUGGAACACUGACACCACCAGAUGAGAUGCUGUUUGUUUUACACAGGGUGUUUUCAUGGCAUGAUCCUUUUGAUGGGUGGAGAAGGAUGGGGGGGUUGGUGUAAUAUGAAGUAUUAAUGGAAGUAGACUGAUUUCUACCAACCCUGGGAUAGUUAUGGUGUUUUAGAAGGGAUCCAU